AUGUCGUUACCUGCCAUGCCUAACAUGCCGAUGCCUAGCAUGCCGAUGCCUAACAUGCCGAUGCCUAGUAUGCCAAUGCCUAGCAUGUCGAUGCCUAACACGCCGAUGCCUCCAGUCAUGCCCUUACCGUUCUACUACUCUAUGCCAUAUCUACCGCCAUUCACCGUACAAUACCCACCAGGAGGCAGGAUGUUGCAUCAGCCACAACCAGUUCAGUAUCCUCAUCCCUACAUUCCAUACGGGUACUACCCGAUACCACCGCCUCCACGACCGACCAUUGAACAUUUGCCCAUCCCGAAUGUUGUUCAACCGCUUCCUAUAUCUGAUGAUCCCAUGCAGGAGCUGCGUUCUUGGCUCGAUAAAGUCGAUUUCAACAGCAACGAAGAACAAUAUACAGCAGACAUAGAAGUAGAAGAACAGAACAUGAAGAUGGUUCGGCUGCAGCAACUAGCUACUAUGGUAUACUUAUCUGAAUUGGAAAACAUCGUCGAUGAAGAGCUUUUGAGUCAAGAGCCUACAGAUCCAGACGAGCUGCGUGAAUACACCGACUACAAGAACAAUAUUGAGCAUUACCUAGAACUCGAAGACGAAUUGGAUGAGGAAUUUGAACGUAGAGAAUUCGAGCUUAGCCAAGAUGGAAGUGAAGAGCAAUAA